UCUAGACCAUACAAUCGAGAUAGCCCCAAAAUGGAUCUGUCUCAUCGUCGUCAUCCAGUCGAAGGCAAGGCAUCCACUCAGUCCUCACGGCAACAAUGGCGCACCCCGUCCUCAACACCUCAAAGCCCACACUACUUCCGCCGCCGGCGACGCCCCAGCUCCACCAUCCUCCUCCUCCCCCACCGCCGCCAAAGCUCGGCCGCCGCGCCGCUACCGCCAUCGCCAUCGCGGCCGCGCCGGCGCUCCUCGCCGUCUCCCCGACACCGUCUGCCAGGGCGCAGGAAGCAGCGGCCACACCCUGCAUCGCGGAUCUCCCCGUCACGGCGAGGGCGUUCCUGGACGUGUCCAUCGGCGGCGCGCCGGCGGGCCGCAUCACCAUCGGGCUCUUCGGCGACACGGCCCCAACCGGCGCGGCCCGGUUCCUCUCCCUGGCGACCGGCGUCGGCUACCGCCGCAAGGAGUUCGUCAAGGUCGUCCCGGGCUACGUGCAGCACGCGGGGGUCGUCUCCUACCCCGCCAUCCCGGCUCUCACCGCCCGCCUCGCCGCCGAGAUGGACGCCGCCGCCGCCCGAUGCGUGUCAACCAUGAACGCGGCGGGGGCGGUGUCGAUCGUGGUGCGGGACCCGACCUUGCCGCCGCCGAAGCCGAAGCUGGUGGCGCGGGGCGGGAAGCUCGAGAUCCAGGAGGAGCAGGUCGGGGUGCCGCCCAACGGGACGGAGUUCGUGAUCGCGACGAAGGACUCCCCCGAGCUCGACGCGGCGGCGCUCGUCGUCGGCAGGGUCGUCUCCGGCAUGGACGUCGUGGAGAAGAUCGCCGCCGUGCCCGCCGUCCGGGACAAUGCCGGCUCGCCGUACUUCCAGGUGGCCAAGCUGAUCGGGGACAAGAGGGCGGUGGUCGCAGAGCGAGGGUUCAACCGGCCUUACGCCAAGAUUUUGGUCACCAAUUGUGGGAUCCUCGACGAACCUGAGCAGCAGAUCAGCAAUUGAUCGAUAGAGAUGAUUUCUCUUCAGUUUUGCUUUUCAACUGUCUAUUUCCUUCAACGAUCGAUGUAGUUGCAAGACUAAGAUCGAGUAAAUACUGGUCGAUGAGUAGAUCGUAAGAUCGAGCUUAAUUCGGAA